GUAGCUGCUAAGUCCUCGUGGCUCAACGAUGUAUAGUAUUCCCAUGCAGAAAUCGAGCUCUGUCGCGGCCGCGACUAUCCACGACGAGAAAGACAUGCAAUUGAGCAUGCAGCUAAAUCGCUGGAUGCUGAAGCCGAUUGGCGCCUGGCCGAAAUCAGACGAUCUUUCGCGGAUAGAGAAAUUGAUAUAUUUACUGCUAAACACAAUUUGCUCCGGUUUAAUCGUUUUCCUCUUUGUCCCAGCGGCCGUCUUUAUGGUGUUUGAGGUCGAUGACGUGUAUCACAGAGUGAAGCUCUUCGGGCACUUGCUCUUCUGCGUAAUGGCCAUUGUGAAAUAUUCCGCGAUGAUGUGUCGCGAGAAUGACAUUCGUAGAGGUAUUCAAGAAAUCGAGGACGACUGGAUAAGUACUCGGCAUUAUGACGAUCAGAUUAUCAUGAUCGAGAGCGCGAAGUUCGGCCGGCGUCUCAUAGUGAUCAGUGGAAUUUUUAUGUACGGUGGUGCCGCGUUUUACUACUUUGCCUUACCGCUCAUGGAUGGCAAAAUCAUAGAGGAUGACGGAAAUCUGACAUAUUGGCCACUGGUGUAUCCGGUCGCCAGGGUGAUCGUCGAUGUGCGAUAUAGCCCCGCCAAUGACAUUUUCUUUUCAGUGCAGUGCCUGUCAGGUGUCGUCGCGCAUUGCAUCACAGCUGGUGCUUGCAGUUUGGCCGCUACGUUCGCGAUGCACGCUCACGGUCGCCUCAGGGUUCUCGCUCAAUGGAUUAAACACUUGAUAGACGGACGAGAAGAUUUAUGCAGCAGCAUGAACAAAAGAUUGGCGAUGAUCGUGCAGCAACACGUUCGAAUCCUACGUUUCAUAUCGCUAACGGACAAAAUUUUGCGGGAAAUGGCUUUCAUAGAUAUUUUUGGAUGUACGUUAAACAUGUGUUUUCUUGGAUAUUAUACUAUUACGGAAUGGGAAGAUAAAAAUAGUGUAGUAAUAUAUAUAAUUCUACUUUUGUCUCUUGCAUUCAAUAUUUUUAUAUUUUGUUAUAUUGGCGAGCUUGUUACCGAACAGUGUAAAAAAAUUGGCGACGUAUCAUACAUGAUCGAUUGGCAUCGCUUAUCAGGAAAUAAAGGACUCGCCAUCAUAUUGAUCAGCGCUAUGUCCAAUUCAUCCAUCAAGCUUACUGUUGCGAAUAUUAUUGAGCUAUCUCUUAGUACUUUUGGUAAUGUGAUUAAUACAUCGGUCGCCUACUUAAAUAUGUUACGUACACUAACUUAAAAAUUCGAAAUGUACAAAUUACAGCGUGUGUUCAUUGUA